AUGUUCGCCGCAGCCACUAAGAAUUUUGUGAAGCAGGUUGGAGACACGGGGAGGCUGAUCCCAGUCCCCAGCUUGAGCGAGGCUGAUCGCUACCAGCCCCUCAGCCUGGUCACCAGGAAGAGGAAGAGGCAUUUCUGGAAGAAGAACAAGCACGCCUCGACGCCGUUCUCGCUGAAAGACAUCCUGGUGGGGGAUAAAGAGAUCACAGCAGGAGUGUCCUCUUAUCAGCUCCUCAACUAUGAGGAUAAGUCCGACGUAGCCCUAGACGGACGGUUAGGUAACCACAUCAUGAACGAUGUGGGCUUCAACAUCAGUGGCUCCGACUCUGUGGCCGUCAAAGCCUCUUUUGGCAUCGUGACCAAACACGAGCUGGAGGUGCCUACGUUGCUGCGUGAACUUAACUCCAGGAAAGUGGACCUGGAUCACUGCCUGGUUCGACAGUCUAAGGACAGUGGACGAACCGUCCUCUGCGUUGUUGUAGAGAGUAUCCGAACUACACGUCAGUGCUCUCUAACUGUGCACGCUGGCAUGAGAGGGACAACCAUGAGGUUUCAGAUCGAUGACGGCAGAAACCCCAAAGGUCGAGACAAAGCCAUCGUUAUUCCGGCUCAUACCACCAUUGCCUUCGGCAUCUGCGAGCUUUUUGUCCGACUGGAUGGACGUCUUGAUAUUUGUGUAGCUCCAGAGUCUCAGGGGGGAUUUGAGCGAGAGCAGAUCAGAGAGCAGCUGGGGGGUAUGAUUGGUCGUUUCUCUAUGGGUCGUCUGCGCCGCUUCCUGUCCGGGAUCAUCUAUGGAAACCCCUUCAGAGCAGACGACCGAACAUUCGAGGCGCUCACGCACUCCGACACCUACAUGGACGACAUGGCGACUGACUACUACGAGAAGGCUGCCAGCAUGACGGACGUGUCCACCGCCUACCUGAGAGAAAGCUCCCACACGCGGGUCAACCUCCUCAAACACAACAUCCCCAAAGGUCCCUGCGCGCUGUGCGGCAUGGGCAACCAACGGCGGGAAACUGUUUACGGCUGUCUGGAGUGCUCCACGGGGGGACAGAAAUACGUCCGGCUGCACGUUGUUCCCUGUUUUGAUCUCUGGCACAAAACUCUGAGGUGAAAAAUACAAAUUUUUAAAAUGAGAGCAGAGACUGGACCGA